AUGCUUGCAAUAUGGCUUUGCUGCCUUCCCAUACGUAGGGAGCGUCCAGCACCGCGCCUAGUCGUUGCGUCUCUUCGACAAGUUGUCCACCACCGCAAAUUGGCCUCGGUGAUCGAGAUGCUCCUCGGCGAACGUCGGCAGUUGCCCCAACACCGCCACCUCGCGUGGCCACCGCCGGCCUCGCGCACCAAUUCAGAAAUCGGCCAUGGUCGGACCGCUGCACAUGGUCGGGACCCAUCGUGGCCUCUGCUUGCGAGGGGGGACGCACCCCAUCUUGUGUGGACUAGCCAUCUUGGUCCGUCGCACACGAUUGCGACGCCGCAAGACUACACCCCAACGUGCGCGAAAGCGGCUUCGACACGGCAACGAAGUGCUUGUGAUUUUGGCCCCAUGUCGGGGGCCACACACCUAGUACAUCAGGCCUCAAGAACUCUCCAUGACGGCUACCGACCAAAGGCAGAUCCAACCCCACCGGCCCAACAGACCUUAGUCGUGGUCCAAAGCCAUCGUGCCGUGCACGGACAAUGGAAUCAUUCGCCCAUGGAGGGAGCAUGGUCCAUGCACGCACCCAAUGUCCCGAACAAACCAAGAGUCGGCGGAGACGCACAACCAGAGCACGCAAGAUCGAGAGUUACGUCGACGCUGCUAUGA